AUGUCCCAUCCCGAGUUCCCGAUGGAGCCAUUGGAUGGUGGGACACCAGGGCCCGGGUCGGGGUCAGACCUCUCAGAGGAAGUGCAGCGGCCACGAAGUCCCCAGCUCAGCCCGGACCCGGCCGGGGGCGAGCGACGGCGACCGGCGCCCCUGCGGCUGCCUGGCCUGGGCUACGGCGCCUUUCGCCGCCCAGGGGCCUCCGAGCCGCCGGUUCCCGCCGAUCCGCCCCUUAACGGCGACGCACCGGGGUCCGAAGCGGGGGCCUGGGCGCCGGUGGAGUUGCAGGUGGACGUGCGCGUGACGCCGGUGGGCACCCCUGGCCGGACCCCCUCUCCCGCGCCCUCCAGGCGCUUCCUCACGGUGCCGGUGCCCGAGUCUCCCGGCAUUGCGCGCCGCUCCUCGCCCCUGCUCUCCGCGCCCCCCAGCCCCCUGGCCAGCCCCGCCGACGGAAUCCUGACGCCGUUCUUGGGUCGCUGCCGCUGCCGUGAGCUGGGCCCCGACAAGAAGGAGGACGCCGCGCUGCUGCCCAGCGCUGAUGGGAAGGAGCUGCCGCGCGCCAUCGCGCUCAUGGGGCUGCCCAUGUACAUGAGGUCCCUGCGCUGGGCUCUGGCCAUCAUGGCCCUCCUCCUUGCAGUGUGUGUGGUCACCAUCGUGGUCCUGGUCUCCAGAGUAGGGGCCAAGUGCCGGCCGUGCCCCCGGGAUUGGAUGUGGACACAGGAGCUGUGUUUUUACCUGUCUCCCGAGGCCCUGGCCUGGGAGGCCAGCCAGGCAUUCUGCUCUGCGCAUCGGGCCUCCCUUCCCUUGCUGAACCACACACAGAGCUUCCUGAGUAGACACCACAUGGCCCUGCGCUCCUGGGUGGGGGUGCAGCAUGACCCCCAGGGCUGGCGCUGGACUGAUGGGGCACCCCUGCCACCACAGCUGCUCCCGGAGGAGACCGAGGGGCUGCCAGAGCUGCGCUGUGGGGCCCUGGAGGAGGGCAGACUGGUGGCCUUAGAUUGUACCACCCCCAGGCCCUGGAUCUGUGUCCGGCCACUGGAGUGA